AUGACAGACUCUUCAACCUCUUCUGACGAGGUCCGGUACGGAGUCUAUCUCGGAACAUGGACCAACUACUCAAGGGGCCGCGUUCUCGGCGCCACAUUGACAUUGGAAUCUCGAUAUGGUCUUCUACUCCUUUCUUUCACUGCUACCUUCGUUGGGUUCGUAGCGUCGAGGUUUUGGCGCAUCAUAACGCUAAUGCUCCACCGCAUCUACUCGACACCUGAACCACGUGAUGCUCUUCACCAUCAACGACAAGUUGUCCUCCGGAACUCUUUGUCUGCUGUAUCCACCCUGUGGACGUCUUUGCAGUUGGCCUGGUGCUGGCGAGCCGUGGCCGAUGGCUAUCUUGCUCGCACUCUACCAACAAUCAUCUUCGCAGCCUCGGCGUUUUGUGCCUUCACCAUAGCUGGUGGCUUCACAUCAUCAAUUUCCUCUGGCAUCGGCAACCACGUCCUCCUUGACGGCUCUCAGUGCGGAGUCCUCAUGUACAAUUCGGCGUUGACAAGUGGCGCGGUCUCUGUCGUCUAUCCUUGGGUCUCACAAUCUAUGAGCAACGCAGCCAAUUACGCUCAACAGUGCUAUUCCUCCAACGCAACUGGAACGUUGGACUGCACCACCUUCGUCAAGAGCCGCCUUCACUUCAGUUCUGUUCUAAACGCCUCUUGUCCUUUCAACGACUACAUGUGCCGCACUAAUGAUUCGAACCUAUUACUGGACUCAGGAUUGAUCAGCACCGAUGAUCUUGGCUUGAACAUGCCAAGCGACCAGCGCAUGUAUUAUAGGGAGAUGCUUCACUGUGCCCCUCUCAGGACUGAUGGGUUCGCAAGCAAUGUGAGCGUGAACAACAACAAUUACACCAGGUAUUCAUAUGGUCGCAGAACCAACGCCGGAAAAACGGACACUGGCUCCGAAUUCUAUAAUUGGACUUACGAGGUUGCCAAUCUCGAUGCGCAAUACCGGACACAAGCCGACAACACACUACGGGACACCAACCAAGGUUUCAACCUCAUUGCCUUACAAUCACGUAUUGCGAACGGCACGAACUAUUUGGCAGAUAUUGACUUCGAGGCCAUCCCUCAGCUGACUGUUUCUGACGCAGAUUCGAUGAUUGUUUUUCUUUCGCCAGAAGGAGUCUUCUUUAUUAACCAAACGGACGAUCUUUGGUACCGCGGUAUCGUACCGGGCAAUGUAUUCCAUUUUCCAAAUGGUCAACGCGUUGUGUAUGUACCUGACGAGGCGGCGUCGCCUAUGGGGUGCGUGCAGCGCUUCCAGUACUGCAACUCCAACAAGAAAUGUGGCAGUCUUGCUAGCGAGAUCGAUUCCCUGACCAGUGCCAUGCCUCUGUUCCACGAAGACUCCAGCGAUUUCUGGUCUGUCGAUGAAUCGGGUGACACUCCCGAAGCAAUAUCAAGUCGUUUCGAUAUGUUCCAAGUCACAAAGCUUGCCGCUACGACUCUCUAUUCAUUGCUAAAUUGUCUGGGUCCGUCCUCCCUGUUAUCUUCUCAGCACCUCAACCAAGGAAUGAUGGGCCCGCUACCCAACAAUCAGUGGCAACUCGACGUCACUCACUGGUUCUCUAUGCGUAUGGCUUCGAUCCAGGCCGCUUUUGUGAACACCGCUCGCGGUCCGACCGACGAAGCAGUGCGGCCAUAUGUCACUACGACUGACGAUAAAAACCAGCGGGCAAUGUGUAAUAACCAGGCAAGUAACAUUUCCGUCAUUGAAGACAGCUUUCGCUAUGAGAAAAUCCGCAGCACUGGCUAUACCUCACUGAGCCUCUUCGGGCUCUACUUCACAUACCUGACCGGCAUCAUCAUAAUCCUGGCUUCAUACACUGCCGAACCUGUACUUACCUUUUUCUAUUCCCGCCGCAAAUAUGAGGAGUAUAAGUAUUUGGAAUGGGCAGCCAACGGUACCCUUCAACUUCAGCGCCUGGCAUAUCAGGGGCUUGGAUCGGAAAAAUGGUCAGACUACACCGACGAUAUCCCAAAGACAAGGCCGGGAUAUUUCCUGGCAGAUCUGGCCCGGGCUUAUCCUCCUGAGGACGACGACGACGAGGUUCACGAGGUGAAGCCAACAGUACAUGCGACAAGAACGACUACGCCGUCUGUCUCCGAGACCAGCGCGAAUCUACGCGUCUCUGAGCAAUCCCGAGGUGUCGCGUCCCGUCCGGUCUCUGCAGUCUCUGGGUUGGCCCCGCAGGCUGUCUCGCCACAAGCUGUCUCGCCGAUCUCACAGCAUCCCCAGGGUUGA